AUGAUCAAAAACUUGCUUGUAUUUGGUGGUAGUGGAUUCCUGGGUCGACGUAUCUGCCAAACUGCGGUCGAAAAUGGCUACGAAGUAACUUCCCUAACUCGAUCGGGAACAGCCCCAAAGGCAAAAGCUUUAUGGGAAAAUCGGUGGAUUCAGCAGGUGAAAUGGCGUCAAUGCGAUGUCCUGGACCCUAAAACUUACUCUCAAUAUCUUCAAGAUGCCAACAAUGUUGUUCAUAGCAUUGGCAUCUUAUUGGAAGACUCUAGCUACAAAACGCAACUUAGCGGAAAUCUAGCGUUUGAUGCCAAAAAAUUGUUGAAAUGGGGUCCCAAUCCUAUGAAAAAUAACCCUAACUUCACUUACGAUGUUAUGAACAAACAAAGCGCGCUUACGCUCGCUCAAGAACUCGCCAACUUUCAAAAUAGUGCCAAGUCUGGCCAAAGGAGAACUAUGACCUACAUUUCUGCAGAUAAAUCCUUUCCCGGGAUUCCCAAAGGCUACAUCGAAUCAAAGAGAGCAGCAGAGGUCGGUAUCAUGCGGCUAGAACAGCAAUUGAGACCCAUCUUGAUGCGCCCAGGAUUUAUGUUCGACGAGCUCGACUCAACGAUAGGAAAAUUAGAACCCAGGACGCAAAUCAAGCACUUACUUGAUUUCGCCAAUUGGAGUAACAGUAGACUUCUUGGUCGCAGAAUAGACUGCAUCAACCAGCUUAUUAGACCCAGUGUUUCUACUCAACAGGUAAGCAGGGCGUUGCUACAAAAAAUCGAAGAUCCAACGUUCGAAGGCGUGGUUAGCUUAGAGCAAAUAAUCGAAGCUUGA